UGAGGGACAUGUAGGUAAGAAAGACGUAAAAAAAAAAGUGAGAAAGUCGAACGAAGUAAAGAACUGAGACACAAAAUAGGAGGUGGCAGUUAGAGGGAGCGUGAGGGAGGGAAGAAAGAGGGUGUGGGAGGUUGAGGGGGGUGAGGGAGGUGAGGCAAGGAAGGGACAGCGUGCAGGCAACAGUCAGGCCCCUCUGCCUCGCCCGAACACGACCACCGCCCGCCGCACCGCACAGCACCUUCACCUGUGUACUUGUCCCGCCCCUCAUUACCUGUACUCCCACCCACCUGUACUGUGUUCCUCCUACAUUAGCCCAGUAAAUCUCACCUGGUCUUCUCACCUGUCACCUGGGAAGGCUAGUUUUUACCUGUGCUUUUUCGAUACGUGGUUUACCUGAGAAUGUUCGUUACCUGAAAGAGUUUAAUUAACAGAGAUGGGCUGGAUAUUUCACCUGAGGAAACGAAGAGAAAGAAGAAGGAAAAAUACUUGUUGUUGUUACGCGGUUACUAAAAUUGAGAGGAAGGAAAUGAGAAGAGGAAAAACAGGAUUAAUUAGAGCGGGAAAUUCGUAAACUAAGAUGAAAGGGGCAAUAAAAAGGAUAAACAAGAGAAAAUCAGGAAGUGCUGUCAACUGAGAAGAGAGAAACAAGGAAGGGGAAAAAAUAUAUAAAUGAUUAAACCGUCAAAUGUUGUAAACAAAAAAUAAAAAAUAAAUAAAUAAAUAAAAAAUAAAAUAAAAUAAAACGAAACUUAAAAAAAAUAAUGAGAUACUGACAGAAACCAUGGAAGAAAAUACGAGAAAACUUAUAGAAUUACGUAAAGAAAACCGGAAGAGAUAAAAGAAAGAGAAAAAAAUUGACAAAAAGAAAAAAAAAGUGAAGACGAAAUCACGUAAACUGAAAUAAUAUAAUAAUAAUAAUAAUAAUAAUAAUAAUAAUAAUAAUAAUAAUAAUAAUAAUAAUUAAUCAGUUAGAGAAAAGAUAAACAAUAAAAGUGAAAGAAAGAAAAAAAAAAACUAAAUAAAAUUACCUAAACCCGAAAAACAAUAAAUAAAAAAGGAAAACAGAGAAAAGAAGAAAAAAAAAAAAAAAACACCUGAAAAAAAAUAAAUAAAAACACAAUAAAAUACCAAACAAAACAAAACAAAGGUGAAACAAUUAAACAAAAGACACCUGUACACUGAGAGCAGCUGAUUGGGUCACCUGCAGGAGAAGAUAACCUGGCUGAGAGACAGACGAACCUUGCCAAACACACCACCACCACCACCACCACCACACACCUGCCCGUCCUGAACCCGCACCUGCCCCGCACACACAGGCGACGAAUCGGACGAGGAGGAGGCGGCGGCGGCGGUGGUGGUGGUGGUGCUGCUGCAAUGGAGGACAGGGAUGAAAACGGGAGACUGAGGCUGCCCCGAGAGGACUUCAUUCCCUUCCAGCGGGUCCUCCACAGGUCACACCGAGGCACACACAAACGACCACCAGAGGACAACGUGACCAGCAGUUUAGGGCGUCUGACUCUCCACCGGCGUAAGGAGAGGAGCGGCAGCCUACCGGAGAAGCGAGCUAACUUCAGAAGGAAUGGAGAUGCUGCGGGGGAGGUUGCAGAAGUGCGAGGCGCAGCUAAUGUGGACAAGGCUAAUUUCGUGCCCUUCCAGCGGGUUUUGCAUCGACGAAGGAAGACGUCACUGCCACAAGCCUCGCCUCUACCUGAGCCACGCCGCUACAGGGACCGCCUCAACUGGGAACACCAGAGGCCAAACGCGCUGCACACUGACUCUCACUACAGCAAGCACGAGGAGGCUAGACGCAGAAGGCAACGCAGACCCCAGAAGAACGACUCUCACUUAAACAACCUCUUCGGGAACCACCGCGCGGAGGAGGAACAUAACGGAGAAGUGGAAGGUGGAGGAGGUGGAGAAGGUGGAGAUCCAUGGCUCUCCUCCCGCAGCUCCAGAGAGUGCAAGAUCAGGAAGGACUUCUGCUUCCCCUCCGUCAGCGCCUUCUUCGGAGUGUGGUUCUCUAGUUUCUUCUUCGUCAUCGCCUCCGUCAAGCUGUGGUUCUCGCCUCCGUCAGACAAAUCCUCUCCUCUCCUCUACACUUCUUACAUCCAUCAGGCUCCCACCGCACCACAGACCCUCCCUGUGAAGGUCAACGCCCCAGCACGCCUCCUGAAGGGCCGACAGGGGCUACACUUCCCCUCUGAGCCCUAG